UUUUUUUUUAUUAUAUAAAUAACUUAAUAAAUUUGUCUUCAGGUUCAGAUGCUGAAGGCCGGCACAGCGAUUCCCUUUCACAAGAAAUUAUGCUCCGGCUGUCACAACGUUCCUCGAAGCAAAGAGUGGCAGGAAGCGCCGGAAACCGAGGAUCUUCACGUGUUUCACGUUGGCAAGAGGACAGGCAGUUUCGUUCACUGGGAGCCGAUCUUCAUCGGGACCAAUAAUGAUCCUCUGUACGACGAGAGGCUCAGCUGGGAAGGGAAAAGCGACAAAAUGACACAGGGUUACGCGUUGUGCGUUCUCGACUACGACUUCCUCAUCUUGGACAACGCAUUCCUAGUCCAUCGUCCUGGCAUCAAGAUAUUCAAGAAGGAUCCACACCGCGAGAUGCUGACAGCGAAGACGAACGCAUUGAUAAGGAAGAUCAUCGUUCCGGAACUGAAAAUUCUCUACGGGACGAGGAAAGGCUGUGCGGUGUAGCCCGUGGAGAAACGGGCACAACGCGUGCUCCACAGGUGUUUCCCGGUCAAGUGGCAACACCUGAGAUCAUUCUUGACACCAGGAACGUCCGUAGCCCAGCGAGAGAUCGAUAACGGCCGCAACGCCCAAAGACUUGUUUUAGUUACACGUGAUCACAACGACCACGUUCGUCAGCCGUUCCUCUCCGUUUCCGGUGUCGAAGCUAAUCCGAAGAAUGUUCACUGCGACUAACAAACGUCUGAAAGGUUGAAAAUGAUGCCAAUUGUACGGUGCCGAAAGUAGUAGCUUUUGAAGGCUAGGUCCGGAGGACCUGAGGUCUCAGCAAACUUCUCCUACGAUCGUUAGUUCCUGCAGUUCCUCCUCGUUUCUCAUCGCCAACGUCUCUUCAUCUUCUUUCCAGUACAAAAAUGUGAUGGCAGCAUUAACUAAAAAGAAGGGGGGAAAAAAGAGGGAAUAUUAAUGAAAGAUCGAUCGUUUUUUUUUUUUUUUUUUUGUUUUGUUUUUUUUUUAAGAAAGAACUCUCGAAGAACGCAGAAAAUUUUGCUUUCUCACGCGACGAUCAAUACAUAUUACCGUAGUUUGUUCUUCGUUACGAAAAAAAAUAAUCUUAUUGCGCAUAUUUUUCACCUGAGAACGCGUUAAGGGCGAACAAUUGUACAUAUUUAGUAUUUUAAAACGGUGCCUCGUAUAUACUUGUACAUUUACAAAAAAAAAAAAGUGUUGUGCGGUUUGUCUGGCAGAACGUGUGCAUUUUUGUCUCAUUCCACGAUUUCCCCAAAGAGGAAACGGAACGACUGUGGUCAUAGAAACAUGCCAAAAA